UUUACUCAUAAAAACUUUGGGUGUAAAGUUUGCAGGACCUCUGUCGUAUUGCAGGCGACGGCAGUGGGAAGGGAGGAGUGAAAUGGGGAAGCAAGGAAAGAAGCAGCGGCACCAUCAUCAAAACAAGGCUUCUCGCAGAGGAGGUGCCUUCUUCAACCCUGAAGAUGACGAAGAUCAACAAUACCCACUUGGUCCACCUUCCUCUUCUGCUUCCAAACUCACCCUCUCUGAUGACGAUAAACAAUCCGAAGAAGAAGAAGCAGAAGCAGAGGAAGAAUCCCAAAAUGAUCAAAACCCAUCAAAUGGUGAUAUCCCAUCAAAGUUUUCACUCUAUCAACAAUCUGUGCAGUCCCCAAAAGGAGACAUAAGUUAUCUGCAGAAGUUCUUUCUGAUGUAUGUGGGUGGGAGGUUACCUCUUCAUCUCCAGGAAGAUUUCUGUGGCACUGCUCUUCUUAGUUCAGAAUGGCUACGAAGUGACUCCAGAAGGACUGCUGUAGGAUUAGAUUUGGACCUCGAGGCGCUUAAUUGGUGCAUGGAAGAAAACAUUAACAAAAUUGGGGCUGAUGGGUAUUCAAGAAUAUCUCUGUUUCAUGGAAAUGUCUUGCAUCCUCACGAGUCUCAAUUAGUCAAGUUUGACAACCAAUACCUUGUGGGAAACAUUACUCCGAAUGAUAAUGAAGAUGAUGGUUCGGAGACAGCUCCGCCGGAUUCUACUGUACAAGAAAGCCCCAGUGGUUUUAACAAUGGUAAAUUGAUGAAGGAUUUCCCGUUGCCGGCAAGAGAUAUUGUAUGUGCUUUUAACUACAGUUGUUGCUGUCUACAUAGUCGCAUAGAGCUGCUUUCAUAUUUCAAGCAUGCCCGUAAUGCUUUGUCUAGAAAAGGUGGUAUAUUUGUGAUGGAUUUAUAUGGUGGCACAUCAUCAGAGUGUGAGCUUCGGAUGCAGAGGAAGUUUCCCAAUUUCACGUAUGUUUGGGAGCAAGCUGGAUUUGACAUCAUUCAACGCAAAACAAGAAUUAGCCUCCAUUUUCAUCUCCAAAAGCAGCAGAAAAAACUUCGUCACGCAUUUUCAUACAGCUGGAGGCUGUGGUCAUUGCCUGAAAUCAAAGACUGCUUGGAAGAGGCAGGGUUUCAGUCUGUCCAUUUUUGGAUUCGAGAGAUGCCAAAUGCUGGAGAAAUCAGAAGCAUGGAGGGAUUCGGUUCGGGACGAGAUGUGAAAUAUGAAGAGGUCUCCAGUUUUGAUCAACAAGAUUCAUGGAAUGCUUAUAUAGUAGGUGCUGCAUAGUCAUGUUGUCUUUAUCAACUUAUGUUUGCGCUCAUUUAUUGUUAACUUCUACGAAUCUAUUCCAUUUUCACAUUUUUUUUUUCUUUCUUUCAAUAAAGUGUUAAAACAUGGACUGACGUAUUCUAUGUAUGUUUGUGUAUUCAAUCAGCAAGACAAAAACUGAACUUGAACCUUGAAUUUAAGGUUGAGAAACCAACCAUAUAUAGAAUAUAUACACUUUGGUCUAUGAAGCCACCAAGUCA